AUGUCCAGCAAGGUGGCCAUUGGCAGUGACAUCAGGCAGGCCCUCUGGGCCGUGGAGCAGCUGCGGAUGGAGUCAGGCAUCGACCGCGUGAAGGUGAGGGCCGGGGUGAGGCGGGCAUGUCUGGGUGAGGGGGCAGGUGCAACCCGGGUCUGGCUGAUGGCGCUGGCCUGCAGGUGUCCAACGGCCUCUAACCUGCUGCAGUUCUGCACAGAGCAGGCCAAGAGCGACCCUUUCCUCGUGGGCAUCCCGGCUGCCACCAACCCCUUCAAGGAAAAGAAGCCCUGUGCCAUCCUAUGAC